AUGGCAUCAAGCAGUAUCACUGGAAAGGAAGUGGAGAACAGAGAUGAACUCAUUAGCCUAGAUGAAGAAGAGGUAGAAGUUUUGCGGAUUCCGACAGGCAGGGCUGAAGAAGUGGCGAUAGAUACUCGAUGGUGCUUAGUGGGCAAACUCCUAACAGGGCGUGUAUCAGACUUUAACGUUUUCCAGAAUAUGAUGGCUUUUCUCUGGAAGCCGGGGAUGGGUAUGUACGUGAAAGAACUCAAUCCGAAUUUAUUCCUAUUUCAAUUCUAUCACGAGAUCGAUAUACAACUUGUCAUUGACGGGAGCCCUUGGACUUAUGAUUGGAAGCCUUUUAUCUUUACUCGUCUCAAGGAAGGUGAUAACCCACGGCUUGUUGAGAUCAAUCAUCUAGAUAUGUGGGUUCAACUACAUAAUCUACAACCGGGUAACAUGACCCUGAGUGUAGUGACAACGCUCGGGAAUUUCAUUGGUACGUUUAUUGAAUCGGAUCCUAAUAACUUUGUGGGUGUUUGGAGGGAUUUUCUUCGAGUCCGAGUUCGAAUCAAUGUGAUUAAACCAAUAAAGCGAAGGAUGAAAGUCAGUACGGAUAACGCCUCUUGGUAUUGGGCGAAUUUCAAAUACGAAAAACUCCCUACCUUCUGCUUCAUUUGCGGUAUAAUCGGGCAUUCGGAGAGAUUUUGUCCAAGGCUUUUCCUAAAGCCGUUACAUCUCCAGGAGAAACCUUACACUCUAGAACUGAGGGCUUCUCUACAGAGGCGACACUCGACAUUUGGGGCGCAGUGGCUCCGGCGUCCAUACAAGGAGGAUAUUAGGGGAGUCAAUGAAGAGGAUAUGACUUUGCAUGUGAAUAAUAAUGGGAUUUUUUUUUAUUCCACAAUUACUACAAUUAUUGACUCAAAAAGGAGAAGGCCAGACUCUAGUGAGGAGGGUAACGUGGGACCACAAGGAAAGGCUUAUUCUGGUAACACUGAUGACAUGGAGCAAGAUAUGGUGGGUCUUCCAAAAAAGGGCUUUUGGCGGGUUCUGGUUUCUAGGCCCGCCUAG